AACGGCCAAAGGUCAUUUUGGAACUGAAAGCUUGUCAGACAUUUUCUGUCCUUAUGCACUAAGAACAUGCAAAGACUAAUGGGAUAUGUGAAAAAUAUACGUCUGAAAUGCCUACUACGUAAAAAUGCAAGGGAACAAAGCCAGAAGUAAGAGGCACGCCGCAGCAUCUAAAGAAGAAGUCGGUUGCCUAGCGACCAGUGGAAGCGUAUUAGCAGCUAGCAAGCUAGGCGCUCGGUUAACAAGGAGUUCGUGAACUAAAAAACCCCUUAAAUGCCUCUGAAAAGAAGAGGUCCGCUGCAACUCGUCCAGAGAGAAGUGGACGACGUCAAAAGACAGAUUGAAAGUCUGGAGAAGAACUUGAAGAGCUCAUCUGGAUCUAAAGAAGAGGCAUUUCAUAGAUGCCAAGAACUGCGCGCUUCUGCAGAAAAGACUCUAAAGACUCUACAGAAAUUGACAAAGGCUGAUGAGUUGGCUCCAGUGGGGAAUUACGAUCAGAGGAAACUUGAAGAAGAGAGACGUCUACAAAACAUCUUGGAGCAUCUGGUCACUCUGUCUCUGGAGCUUUCACCACCUGGCCCCAGCACUCAAGCUGGUAAUGUUUCAAAAGGAGAUACUGACAACAACAGCGAUGACGACAACAGUGAUGAUUUCGAGGAAGACAUCAACGGUGAUGGUAAAGAUGAUGGAGAUGUGAGAACGUCUGAAAAGCCACCUUCUCAGUCAGCCCCUCAAAUCUACACGGUCCUCAGUGAUUUCAAAGCAGAACAGGAUGGAGAUCUGUCUGUUCAGAGAGGAGAAGUGUUGAAGAUAAUUAAAAAGACAGCAGAUGGAUGGUGGCUGGCUCAGGACACCAAAGGGAACAGAGGAGUUGUUCCAAAAACCUUUCUGAAGAUUGGCUCUGGUGUUGAUGAUGAGCUUGAUGAGGAUGAUGAAGAUGAUGAGGAUGAUGAUGAUGAUGAUGAAGAUGAGGAGGAUGAUGAACUCCAGCAGUCAGAACAGGAGGAAGAAGAAGAUGAAGACCAGACUGAUGAUGGAAACAAAAGCAAAGCUUCUAACUGGUCAGCUGUCAGAAAGGCUCUGACUGAGAUUGAUACAACGGAUGUGCUGUCGGCAAUGGGAGCCAUACCUUCAGGUUUCAGACCAUCAACCCUGAGUAAACUCCUGGCAGAGGAAGGAGAGAGAUACAGAGGAAGUCAUUAUAUUCAGCCUCAGCUCAGCCAAUCACAGCUUUCCUUUAAAGAUCUCUUCUUGGACCCAGACACUGGCAAGGUCCGUGCUCGCCAGGUUAGGAUUUGUGUUUGUUUUAGUUUGUGGAGCUGCAAGAUGAUUCCCACUCCUGGAGUUGGAGUUCAGGUCCUCAGCAGACACAUCCGCCUGUGUGCCUUUGAUGGAACACAGGUGUUGAGUAACAUUCACACAGUGAGAGCAUCAUACACCUCAAAGAGCCCAAAGACAUGGAGCUUCUCUCCGAGGAUGACAAGCAUCCUGCCAACUGUCCUAGACGGAGACUGUUUCCUUCGUUGCAACUCUUUGUCUCCGGACAUCGGAAUUCUUUUCGAACUUGGAGUUACGUUUUUACGAAAUUCGACAGGUGAGAGAGGAGACCUGAGCUGUGGCUGGGCCUUCCUCAAACUAGCUGAUGACAGCGGAAAUCCACUCCCACACAGGACCUAUGAAAUACCAGUAAACGGUGGAACACCUUAUGAGAAGGAUGUCAUGCUGGAAGCACCACUUUCGAGAAGAUCUCCAGGUGGUGUUUUUCAGCACAUGCUGCACGCCCGACGGCAGCCCAAACUGAUUGUUAAGUUGAAAUCAACAAACAAUCGGACCAGAACGCAGCUCAGUCUCCUUCCAGACACCCUGCUGCACUGUCUGAGCUGCUUCCACCUCCUGGUUCUGCACCGGCAGCUCCUGGCCGACACGUUGCUGAUGGACAGACCCACCAUGCAGAAUGCAGAUAUUAUAUGCAGCCCAAUACUUUCGACAUUCCCUGUGCUGUUGGACCAGACAGACCUUCUAGAUGCCCUCAGGAGUGCCUGGCUGGAAGCUGAGACCAACAUGAGCCGAGCACAGAAGAGGGACUUGUCAUAUCUGAAGCAGGAGUUUAGUAAAGUCUACAUGUCAUCGGUGUAUUUCCUGCUCCACUCACCCUCGCUGCCCUCCUAUCGCUGGGCUGACCCGCCCUCAGAAGAACAGCGGGCCAGAGUCAUCUAUACCACCUUGGAGGCUCUGAAAAACAACCAGCAAACCACCAGCCAAUCAGGAACUCCAGCAGUCUUUUUCAACUCAUCUCAUUCACAUCUUGCUUUUGAUAUCCAAGAGUUGACCUUUGAUCUCCUUUGUGUGACACGGUAACAAUAGCAUUACCUCUAGGACUGAAACUGUGCUAUGCAUGGCUGGAUGUAGGAGGAUCCCCGUCUCUGGCCUAAAGCCAGUUUUGGAGCUGUAUCCACUCAAGUUUAUUUUAAACAUGUACAUUACAGUGGAUUGAUGGUUAUGUACACAUCAACUUCACUGUUGAUUUUUUAAAAAUAAAAAAUUAUGUUUUUCCAAAACGUGA